CAGCAGUCAGUCCUGGAGCGACACGACAUCCUGCAGCUCGUUGCGCCUGCCAAUCGCCGCGCUGUUCUUUCUCUAUCAUCUUUUGUAACUGCCAACAAUUUGCACCUUCCACGGUCUGUAAUUCUCUCACCAAACUACCCGGCGCGUCGAAGCUAGAGUACGAAUGCGACGAUCUCCCCGCAUAUCACCGACCUCGAAAUCUCACUGAGGCGUUGAGCACCAUUCUCAAUUGCUUCUCCGCCGAUCGUUUCUAACCUCCUGCGAUCGACCCCUCUCACAUCCCAAACUAAACUCUGAACAUGGGUCGUUCAACCAUACCCUCCGCUCUCGCUGAGCUCUCGAACCCAACAUCCUCCGAAGCGCAAGUUAUCGCCUUACGGAAUCUCAAGAAUGAGAUUGUCGGACAUGAGCAGAGAAAGGAACUCGCGGUCACAUAUGGCGUUGUCAGGCCGCUCGCUGGGCUGCUGAGAGAAGGUGUGCGGAGAGGAGGAAAGAGGCGGCACAGCAAUGGCACAACACAAGAAGCUCACAAUGGCGCUGAUACUUCGUCAAGACCGGCUGCUGCUUCGCGGAUACGGUCAGCGCAAGCACAAGAAGAGUGGAGAAAAGAAGACGACCUGCGAUUCCAGGCUACACUGGUAGUCGGCAGUCUUGCGAACGGUGGCCCGGCAUUCACUGCCCCAUUGCUCGCAGGCCAUGUUCUUCCACCGAUGCUCGAGACGUUACGACUGGGCGAGACGCCGAAUCGAGUCCUCACUACGACUCUUAUGACGCUGAAUCAGAUCGUUGAUGCUGUUGCGCAGGAGAAGCCUGGUCCGGACACGAAUGGGACGAGCCUUGCGGCAGUUGUGAGGGAGCAGGUGUACACGCGCUCGGUGGUUGAAAAUAUUGCAGAGAUACUGGCGCAGACGGCUGGUUCGUCCAAGGUAAACCAGCAGGUGCUGCUGGCGAUACAGCUCCUGAUCAAGACAUGUGUGGAGGACGCUCACAAGAAGGUGCUUGUUGAUGCUGGUAUACUGGACAUACUAGCCGUCAAACUGGCCAGCAUUGCGGCAGCAGAUGAUUCAGUCCCUCAGACUGACUCGACACGAUCGCAGCGUGAAAACGUACCGUCAAAGUUCCUGUCCGAAAUCGUCGAGGCUAUUGCAGCCAUCAUCAAGGGCUCGCAUUUCUACGCCGCCCGCUUCCUUUACUCGCAACCUAUACAACAGCUCUUCGGCUGGCCGAAAGAGCGCACCUCGGCCGCAUACGAUGCACAUAGCAGCUCCAAACAGUCCUCGUGGGACAAGCUGAUACCCCGCGUGCAAACGAUAACGAGCAAGACCGAUCCAUACACUAAGUCCUGGCCAGCGCUGGGCUCCUACACCGCAGUGAGCGGCGAGAGCUACGCGCGGCUGCCCAGUAUGGAGACAACGACACAAAGCUCCAACCGGAGCGUCAUUACAGACGAGUCUGAAUCUCCGCUGUUUAUAUGGCUUAUGUAUGUAGCUCGGCGCGGCGAGGGUGCGGAGCGCUUGUCUGUGUGCUAUCUCCUGGCACUGCUCAAGAAUUUUGGUGAGAAGUGGCCACUGAACGAUCCGUCGAAGGUCAUAAGAGAACGACACUUUUCGUAUCUUGUCAUCCCACUUGUCGUCAAGAUGAUCGAAGAGUCGUCUGAGCAGGCGAAGAAGGCACAUACUCUCAUCCCUGCGGCGAGAGAUGAGGUGCGCUUUGUGCUCGAGCGUUCGCCCCUUGUAUUGGCUGAACUGGUCACGGGCAACAAAGCGCUUCAGACGGCUGCUGUGGAUGCGCAUGUCAUGCCUAUACUUGUGCAGAUCUUGAAGAAGUCUUUCGAGCGAGUCACGACCAAUGCCAAACCCCUCUGGAAACCAAGAGCAGCGUCACACGAAGUGAAGGAUCAAGUCAUUGAUCCUGAGUCUUCGACAUUGGGGAGAUCUGGCCUCAGCGUAGAUAUUCUACACGCCUUCCGGGUCAGAGAAAGCGCACUGCUGGCUUUGGCGGCGAUAGCCGGAGAUCAAGAUCCAUAUAGGAAACUGGUUAUCGAGAUGGGUGCUGCGACACACAUCAUCGAGUCUCUUGUCCCGUACUCGGAAUCGAGUGAGAAAGACGGCAAUCCUGAUGCUGUUCUCAGGGCAGCUUGCACCGCCACGAGGUCGCUGUCAAGAUCGGUCAGCGUACUCAGAACGAGCUUGAUCGAUCAUGGCAUCGCCAAUCCUGUGUUCGAACUGCUGAAUCAUCAGAGUAUAAAGGUGCAGAUUGCGGCCACGGAGGUGAUCACCAAUUUGGUUCUGGAGGUGUCGCCUAUGCGUACUGAGAUCAUCGAGGCUGGAAUCAUGAAGACCCUCUGUGAACAUUGCCGGUCAGCCAACUUUGAUCUACGUCACGGAAGCAUUUGGGCUUUGAAGCACCUCUGCCUCGGUAUCCCGGUUGCUAUGAAGAUACAGUGUCUCGAUGAGCUGGGUGUCGGCUUCCUCAUGCAGACGCUCAACGGCGAAUUCGCGAAGCCUGCAAUGGGCACGCCGAAUGCAGCCGGUGAACAGGUCGACAUACUGAACGCUGUCGAUGAGCCGCACAUGGAUGUCGACGAUGAUCCGUCUUCAGACGAAGACGAGGACACCAUGACUGACGCCAUACCUUCGAUGCGGCGGCACCAGCGUCCUGGAUCCCGGUAUACGAGUGCAACAAACAUACAUGACCGUUUACAGCAAAUCAAGAACGACGAGCUGGAUCCGCGGACCAAACUCGAGCGCGAAGAACAGGCCAUUCAGAUGCAGUCGCUUGACUUCAUCCGCAACUUCUGCGCCGAAGAGAAGAAAUCCGGUGAAAUGAUUGACCACCUCCUCAAGACCUACGGUCAUAGCCGGUUCUUCGAGAUGCUCGAUUCCAAGAUCCGCCCUAAGAUACCUUCGCCCGCAUCCUCCCAACCUCAGAUGGACUCACCAACCCCAUCCUACUGGCCCGGCACAACCCAACAACGGCCUCCGUUCCCUAGUUCGCCGUCAACACAACCAAACUGGUCCACCUACCACUCGAAUGCGAUCCUCAAAGCUGCCAUUUUCAUCUUGGUCCACCUCGCCAACGGCCGACCACAUCAUCGCACACUCCUACUUGGGCAAACAACCCUCAUGCGACAUCUCCUCCCGCUCUUCUCGCACCCCGCGCGCGACGUGCGGCUUGGCUGCGCCUGGAUGGUUAUCAACCUCGUCUGGGUGGAAGACCACACCGAAGAAGCUCCGACACGGGAAAGAGCGAGGGUGCUGAGGGAGAUGGGUUUCGAAGCCAAGGUCAAUGAGUUGGAGCGCGACCCGGAUCUGGAUGUCAGAGAGAGGGCAAAGACGGCAACGGAUGUGCUGGGCAGGAUGAACGGGGAGGGUGGCGAGAGGAGAGGGGGAAGUGGGUAUGCGAGUCCGAGUCAGGCGUUUGGAAUGGAGGGCUUGAGGGGGUUGCAGGGGUGGGGGAGGGAGUCGAGAGGCUGAUGGUGAACGGAGAUGUGUACAAUGUGUAGAGUAGCCAUUCUGGGGUUUUUAUUGCACGUGGAUUAGCGGUCGCACGUGGGAAGAUGUCAAUUGCUGGGGUAUAUGAACCAAUUCGAGAUCUGGUCUGUCA